UGUCUGUUGGAACUGUAGACAGGCAACAGCGGUUGAGCGUGAAUGGUUCUCUCUGCGGCCGGAGCUCAGUUGACUCAGGUGGUGCCGACCGGUCAGUCACGACGUUGUCGAGCUCUUGCCCAUUUUCUUCGUCUCCCUCCCGUUUUUUAUUAUUUGGAAAUCCCUCCUUGUUCAUUCACUAUUCAGACUCUGGUUGAUUCAACGUCUUUUGUGUGUCCCCCCCGUUGAAUUCCCUCGGCAACCAGUUAGCGCCUCGUUUCUUUUCUUUUUCUCUUUCUUUCUCUUCUCUAAAAAGACGAAGGACCUUGCGGAGGAAUUUCAGUGGGGAAGUGAGAACAAACACGGGCGCUUCAAUCAUUCCCAAACGGACGAGAAGAGAGAGAAAUGGGCAGCUAUUAGUUCCGAGUCUCUUUUUUUUAUUAAACAACUUAUUUUGCGUACGGCCCCGGCUCCCAUUCAAAAUGUCGUUGAGUAAAUCAAUUGAGUUGCGCGGGCAAAUGAUGUGCUCACAUUAACUCUCCUCCUGUGUUUUUGCCUAUAGUGCCAAUCGUCGUCCCCCCAGUGUGGUGAGUGUGUGGUGGGCCUCUCUUUUGAUUGGUAGCCAAGUGACUGGAAUUUUUGCCUCUCCGUUCUUGUUAUUACGUCUUUUCUUGCUGCACACUCACAUACACACACAUAGAGACGACCACAACCUCGAAACCCGCCAAAUAUAAACUUGCGCGUCCUCUCUCUCUCUCUCUCAGUUUGUGUGUGUGUGUGUUGGUUGGGUGUCGAACUUCUUAUUUCGUUCGACUCUCUGCUGUCCAGGGGGAGGUUGGAAAACUUCUUUUUUUGGGUACGGCACACACACGGCCCGCUGCUGCUGCUGCUGCUGCUACUCCCGCUGGAUGUUUUGGUUAAUUUUGUGCGGACGUGUGUAAGCGAUUCUUUUGUGCGUGCCAGUGUCGAUUCUUGGCCGUCAGUGCGCUGACUGCGGUGCUGCGUCGUGGCUCAAACAAAGUUGGUCCGCUCUUUCUCCACCCGACUCGUAUAGAAUAGAAGAAGAAGAAGGUAUAAAGGAGUUUUACAAAAGCUCAACUCUUCAAGGACGAAUAGGAAAUGUUUCGCCCUUGGUGAAGGCCCCGCAACUUUUUUGCCAAAACGUUUUUUUUUGUGGUUGUUGUUGUUGUGUCCCGCACGAAUUUUCCGUUGGGAAAAAAAAAAGAAGAAAAGGUUUUUUUUUUUCAUAGAAAAGAAAAGAAAGAAGAUGGAUCAAUUCCAUCAUCAGCAUUCUUCGGGUAACAGGGCCGGCCAUGUAGUGCCGAAAUUCUAUCAGCGCAGUCAAUCGGUGGUGGAACGAAACGGUGGUUCGACUUCGGCCGAAAUGACUGCUGGCCAUCACCAAAACCAACAGCCCGAAUGGCCUGGACCGCCCGUUCCAGUCAGAUCCGAACGUCGUGGAGCCUUCCGGCGAAGGAUGUCCGAAUUUCCGGUGGAGAAUCAAACGGGUCCCGAACUGUCGGCGACGCAGACGGACAGCGGCGCCUUGGUCAACGGAUUGGCUUCCAGCGGCAGCAGUACACAUUCGGCCAGCGGACGAAGCUCGUCGGCCUCCGGAUCACAUCAGCAGCAGCAGCAGCAGCAGCAAGGCGACGUGGCGGCCAUGAUUGAGAAUUUCCAGCACAAGAAAACGGGGGCCAGCAGCCACAGCACGGCGGCCAUGCUCAACCGGAUCAACCAUCACCAGAGCGGCAGCAUCGCUGUGCCAGGAUCGGGCGGAGGCGGAGGCCCUGGCUCGAUGGUUGUGACAUCGGUGGCCGGAUCGCCCGGCACUACCCUCAUCAUUGGCAACAACAACAACCUCCCGGCCCAGCAACAAGUCGUCUCGUCCACAUCAUCGUCCACCAGCAGUUCACGUGUCAAGCGCUCCUCUCAGGUGAUGCAUCAUUCAAUGUCGUCGAGCGAGCAGAUUUCGUCGAGCAACAAGCACAGCAGCAGCAGCCAGCUCCAAUCGUCCAGCUCCAAGAUGAGCACCCAGGAAUUGACUUCCAGUUUGUCCGAGCUCAAGUCCAACAUGACCGAGAUGAAGUCCAGUUUGUCCUCCCACCUGGUGGCCGCCGCAGCCGCAGCAGCCGCCCAAUCUUCAGCCGCCUCCAAAUUCCCUUCCGCCGGACUCUUACAGGGUUCGCUGGAAGGAUUGAACAUGGUCAGUGGCGAUGGCUCCGAAUUGGCCAUCGUCGACGUGGACCACGAUUUCUCGGUCAAUCCGGCCGGAUGUCUGGCCACCCUCAACAACAACAACAUCAACAACUCGAACAGCAACGCCAACGGCGGCGGUGGCAAAUCUUCCGAGAUGAAAUUUGAGCAGACGCGAGUCGCCUCCGCCACGUCGACCAAAAUCACGCACGGCGACGGCUACAGCAGCGAGGAGGCGACGGCCAACGCCUCGCACAGCCGACGCCUUCAGGCCGACGGGCUCCACUACGAGGAGUCGGGCCAAGCGGCGGCCAUGAAGGCCCGGCUCGAAAUGGACGGCGUCACAGCCGAGAAAGCCGCCGCAGUCAAACAGGAGCAGAGAUCGUUAAAGGCCGGCGACGUGAGUCAACAAGAAAGUAGGACGACGGCAGCUGCCAGCAUGAAACUAACGACAGACAAUUUCAGCGCCGAAAAGGUUGCCAUGGCGACCCAGCAGCAGAAGCAAACGGUGACUUCUUCGGGCCGCUUCAACCAAGAACGUCACGCGGCGGCCGCCUCCCAGUCCAAGUUGACGAUCAACGCCAAAUCGGUCAGGAAGGAGCUGUCGGUCGUUUCCUCAUCUCAGAUGAACGGAACCCUGGUAUCGCUAGAGGAUGCCGAUCUGAUGUCAUCGCUGCCUUCGCUCGACGACCUGGACAUCCUGGACUCGUCUUCCGAUUUGGCCGACGUCGAGCAGGCCAAAACCAAAUACACGGGCGUCAUGUCGAGUUGCGUGGAGCGGCUCAAGGAGAUGGCCAAGCGCAAUAAGCAGAGCCACAUGAUGCCCGUCUACCUUGACCGGGUCAGCCAAAUGGUCGGCAAGGCCUGGGCCGUCCCGGCACCGCACGGUCAGUCACUCGCCUCCUCCCUGUGCGACGUCCUGCGCCACAAUGGCGGACUCGACGUCCUCAUCAACAAUUGCGUGGCCGACGACAGCAAUCUCCAGCUGUCCAGCGCCCGCCUCCUCGAGCAGUGCCUCACCCAGGAGAACAGGGAAUACGUCGUCGAGUGCGGACUCGAUAAGGUGGUGUCGGUGGCGUGCGGGUGCACCGAGUCGUCGGCCCAGGUGGACCAGUCGCGAGUGGGCACGGGUUUACUGGAGCACCUGUUCCAGCACAACGACGCGACCUGCAGCGAGGUGGUCAAGUUGGGAGGGCUGGACGCCGUCGUCCGCGAAUGUCGCCGCUCGGACGUUGAGAUCCUGCGCCACUGCGCCGGCGCCCUGGCCAACCUGUCGCUGUACGGCGGCGCCGAGAACCAGGAGGCCAUGAUCAAGCGUCAGGUGCCCAUGUGGCUCUUCCCGCUGGCCUUCCACUCUGACGACAACAUCAAAUACUACGCCUGUCUGGCCAUCGCCGUCCUGGUGGCCAACAAGGAAAUCGAGGCGGCCGUUCUCCAGUCGGUGACGUUGAACCUGGUGGAGCCCUUCGUCUCGACCCACAAUCCCUACGAGUUCGCCAACACGGUGGCGGCCACCUGGCAGCACCACGCCCGCCGGGGACUGGGCCAGUCGAAAAACUGGCUCAAGCGGCUCGUGCCCGUCUUGAAUUCCAAGCGGGAGGAGGCCCGCAAUUUGGCGGCCUUCCACUUUUGCAUGGAGGCCGGAAUCAUUCAAAAGAGUCAGGGCAGCACGGACAUAUUCAGCGAGAUCGGAGCCAUCGACUCGCUCAAGUCGGUCGCCUCGUCGCCCAACGCCAUCGCCUCCAAGUACGCGGCCCAGACGCUGCGGCUCAUUGGCGAGGAAGUGCCGCACAAGCUCAGCCAGCAGGUCCCGCUCUGGUCCAGCGAGGACGUCCGCGAGUGGGUCCGCCAAAUCGGUUUCGACGACCACUGCGAAAGCUUCGCCGACGUCUGCAAGGUCGACGGUGAUCUUUUGCUCCAGCUGACGGAGGAGAUGCUCCGCGACGACAUUGGAAUGCGCAAUGCCAUCCUGCGGAAGCGUUUCAUGCGUGAGCUGGCCAUUCUCAAGAAGAUGGCGGAUUACAGCAGCUGUGACAAAUCGAGUCUGAACGAUUUCUUGCAGACGCUGGACCCGGCGUUUUGCGCCUACACUUACUCGAUGCUCAACUCUGGCGUGGAUAAGAAGAGCCUCCGACUCUUGUCCGAGGAGCAGCUCUUGACGGAAUGCGGAAUCAUUAAUUCUAUCCACCGGCAGCGCAUCUUUGACGCCAUCCGCGGAGAGAACGGCAUCUACGAUUACCUGGACAACAAGCCGCUGGAUGCCUUCAUCAGUUAUCGACGAUCCACUGGAUCCCAACUGGCCAGUCUACUUAAAGUCCACCUCCAGCUGAGGAACUUUACCGUCUUCAUCGACGUCGAGCGCCUGGAGGCCGGCAAAUUCGACAACAAUCUUUUGCAGUCCAUCAGUCAGGCUAAAUAUUUCCUGUUGGUGCUGACGCCCAACGCGCUGGAUCGCUGCCUGGGCGACGAUGAGCGGAAGGAUUGGGUCCACAGAGAAAUCGUGGCCGCAUUGGAAUCCAACUGCAAAAUUAUCCCCAUCAUCGACAACUUCCAGUGGCCGUUGCCCGAAGAUCUGCCCGAAGACAUGCGGGCCGUCUGCUACUUUAACGGCGUCCGAUGGGUCCACGACUACCAGGACGCAUGCGUGGACAAACUGGACAAAUUUAUGCGCGGCGACGCUUACGGCAAAUUUGACCACGUCCACGGUCGACGACCGCAAGACGGAGUCCUGACUCCGUCGUACACCCCCGGUUCGGCGUCGAUCCUCCAGCCCGGAGCCACGAUGCUGAGUCGCAACUGCAACAACAACGGCAACGGCGUCCAGCCAGUGCCGCCCUCAUACCAAAGGCAAGGAAGCAAUGAGAGCGGCAAAGGCUCUUACUCAUCCGAUAAGGAAAUGGGCGGCAUCGGGAGUAAUGGAUUCUGCAAUGGUGUCGGUGUCGGAGGUGGCGGAGGAGCUAUAUCGGUAGCUAACCCGGUAGCUCUUCACAGGUACCUAUCAUAAAUCUCAGAGCUGUUUCACCCAGUUGCGCUCAACGUAGUCCCAGUCCCAGUCGCUCAUCUCUCCAGCAGCAGCAACAGCAAGGCCAGUGGCAGAAGCGUCUACUGUUGAGGGGCUCAGCCGGAGAGCGUGCUGCCAGUCCGUCUCGUUCCAUCUCUCCUCGUCCCAUUCCCAUCAGUCCGCUGGUUCAGCGCCGAAUCUCUGCGGGCCAACAUUUGCCGGUGCCUUUCUUCAACCAGGCUCGCAACGGAUGGGUGACGCCCAUCGGUUCCCUGCCUGGAGGUGUUCCAAGGUCUCGCAGCCUGGACACUGGCCUUUGCCACGAAGCCAAGUUGGAUCUAGAUCACAACCUUCCGUCGCGAAUCAACGAAGUCGUCAUUCCGGAUACCAGCGACUCGGAGGAGCAGGACGAGGUCCUGGAGUCGCCACCAGUGAGUCGGGUCGAGCCGCCCAUUCGACCCAACACUUUGUUCACCAAGUCGCCGUCCCCGCCGGUGGUGGUCGUUCAACAGCCCAGCCCGACGACGGAGCGGCCCAGCCGCCGGGAUCGGGCGCCAGUGGUCCGGACCAAAUCCAAAGCGUCUCAGAUCAUUGUGGCGGCCAUCAACCAGGCGGGAGCGACGCGCAAAGCCACUCGACGAUCCAUCGCCGGCGACGACGAGACCUCGGAACCCACGACGCCAACCGGAUCUGCCAAAUUCGUUGAUCGCUGCGUCACCAAAAUGAAAACUUUGAUCAACAAGUGAAUCUUAACCAAAAAACAAAAAACACUCGAGUGAAAAUCCUUAUUGAAAUAAAUUAAUGAAAGUGUGGGAAAACAGGACAACAAUUGUGGGUGACUUUCAGAAAGUUCGUUAGUGCAACCAGUUCCGUGUCUCUUGGUUCUAUUUGCACGAGCCAAAUGAUUGAUUAUCAUUGGGGCAGCUCUUACCUCUGUACCACACGCACUUCCCAAACGCACCAGUGAAAUUUGUUUCUUUUUUUUUCGAUUUGUCUUUUCUGCAUCACGUGCUCUCGGUUGUCUUUUGUUUUUCUUUCUAUUCUCUGUGUGUGUGAUUGUGUCAUAUUUCGUUUUCUUUCUUUCCUUUUUUCUCUCUCUCUCUCUCUGAAAAUUUAAUUUCGAAUUAAAAUUGGUCAUGUGUCCGACCCAAAUGUAUUUGUUUUUGGCGGACGGCUGGAUGUAGGAAAAGAGACAAGGUUGUGGGUAGGAGGAGGGAAGUAAAACCAACAACACAGUUGAACAUUUUGAAAGAAUUAUAUCGUGUCGUCCUUCAUGUUUCUUUAAUUUAUUUGCCUGUUGCAUUAUGACGUGUGUGCCUUGUGUUUAUGUGUCGAUGAUAAUCACGUGCCUUUGCGUAUAUACUUUUGCGGCCGCUGUGAGCUGUGGCCAUACAUUUGAUUAAUAACUCCUUUUCGCCGCUGCCACUGCACCCCACGCAUAUACAUAAAUAUAUAUAAAGUAUAUAUAUAUAUAUAUAUGAUUUGAUGAUUAUACAAGAAAGUGCAGCUCGCUGUAUGAAUACAUUUUCUCCGUUUGGUUGUUGUUUAUUCAAUCGUUACUUUUCCUUUCCUGAUACCAUCGUGAUGAAAACAGAAAUACACGUUUAUUUACUAUGCAAA